AAAGAGAAACGAAACGGAGCGGCGCACCUCGUGCGCCGCUACACUCGCGACUCCGCGAGCUCAACAUUUCUUUCCUUUUUUCUCUUUCUUUUUUCUCUUCGAUUCUCGAUAGCUCGAUAGAUCGAAAGAUAAGUUUCUUCGUCCUGAUAUACUGUACGGUGUUUACGCGCGUGUCGAAGGAAAGAGAAAGAGAGGGAAAGGAAAAGAGAGAGAGAGAGAGAGAGAGAAAGGAAAGAAGUGGAGACAGAGGCGUUUAACGUGGCACGCGUUCGAUGGUGUCAGUGAUCGACGAAAUAGCUUAAUGUGUACGGGGUGGACGCGUGGUACGCUCGAAGCGUCCACAAAUGAUUACUGGAGCCGAGCUGAAGGAAGAUGUCAAACGCAUCGCCGUCGCGAGGAUUCGUGAACGGUGAGAAGAACGAGCUCGGUGCUGCCGCUGCCACUGCUGCUCCCAGUGUCUUUCCUGGUCGUAGUGGUGGUGGUGAUGCCGCUGAUACUGUUUUCAAUGGUGGUGGUGGUGGCGGUGGCAGUGGGGGUGGCGGGGCCGAUGGCGGGGACGAUAGUGGAACGGGCAGGGGGGUGGGAAGAGGAGAAGGCAAUGAAGGAUACGUCGUUACCGUUUCUACCGAAGAGGGCCUCGUCGGCGUCGUGGAUUUGCACGACGCGAGUUUGGAUCCGCGAACGACGCCGGUAAAUUUUACUGAAAUACGUUCAUCGAGGGACGCUUUAACACCGGUUGACGAUCCCUAUUCCGAUGGCAACGCUAACAACGCUCUCGAGUACCGCGAAGUGUGCUCUUUAACGAACGUCUCGUCGUUAUUGGGACUUGAUGGUGGUAUCACGACGAAUCCUGUUUCUACUGCUGCUGCUGCUGCUAUUACUACUACUACUACCACUAUCACUACCACUACUACUAUUACUACUACUGCUGCUACUACUACUACUACUACUACUACUGCUGCUCCUACUACUAUUGCUAUUGCUAUUACUCCUGCUAUUACUAGCAUCGUCGCUACCGCUACUAUUAUCGAAACGAAUACAAUAGCAAAAACGACGACGACGACGACGACGACGACAACAACAACAAUAACGACGACAACGACGAAGACGAAGACGACGACAGCAACGACGACGACGACGACGACGGCGCUGAGGGUCGCGACGUACGAUAACGACAACAUGGUCGCGGCGAUGAACGAACACUUGUCCACCUCGUUGGCGACGAGCGGUGCACGCACGAGUGCUUCCACGACAUCAACGACAGCUAGUAACGUCACCCCGAGUAACAAUAACAACAACAAUAAUAAUAAUAACAAUAAUAAUAAUAACAACAAUAACAACAACAACAACAACAACAACAACAGUAGCUGUCCGCGGAACGAAUUCCAGAGUAACGUAGACGAGGAGAGCAAAUCUAUUGGCGGGAUACUCAGUUUUCCUACCGAUUUUGAUCACAUGUACGCCAGCAUGACCGACGGCGGGACGCCGGCUGCAGCUACGGCGACCUCCGCACUCGGUGUAAGCCCCUUAAGGGGUAACGAGCCACGUCAGAACGAUCUCACCGAGGUCAAGCACCUUAAAGAACUCUUAUUACUUCAUUUGGAUCUCAUUCAACAACAGUCCGAGCAAAUCGUCACUAAGGACAAACUCCUUGCUACCCUUCGACAGGAGAAUGAGACGCUCAAGUCGCGUUUGGAACGUAUAGAUAGACGAGUUAAUUUACAAAAGCUAAGAUCCGAAAGUAGUGAAAAUUCGAUUUUAUCAGAACAUAUAGGUGCAUGUUCUCCUCCUAAUUUAAACUCAGUAACUGUACCAUCGACUAGUGAUAUUCACAAAAGUAUUCAAUCCGAGUCCAGUAAUACACAGUAUAAUGAAAGUUUUAAAAUACGCUUGAAUACAAGUGGUGGAAUUACUACAGUCAAACAAGAAUGUAACGAUAAUCAAAUUAAGCACGAGAAACAAGAAAUUAGCAACGAAUCUAGAUUAGAAUGGGAAGAAAAGAAAAAACGAAGAUCUGAUCCGACGCCUUUAACUGUCGGCAUUAAAAGGAAAAGAGGAGUUUCUUGUUCGUCUACCAUCAGUAAUGAUACAACUUCAAUGAUACAAGAUAAACAAUUAAGUCACGAGAGUAGUCGAAAAGGAGAUAGUAGAAAAGGAAAAUCUCUUAUUAGAAAGGAAUCCUUUCUAACGACAGAAGAACAUUAUUACACAGCAGUCGGUGAUCCGAAUUAUACAUUAAGUUUAAAAGAGUCAUCUCCGUCAGAUAUUAAUGCUACGUUAGAAGUUCCAAAUUGGAGAGUUAAGGUAUAUACUAGCUGUUAUACGAUGGAAGGAACAGAAAAUCUUGAUGAUGAAAUUUUCAAUAAAAGGCAUUUAAAGCUGGAGAAUGACGAAAGGAGAAGGAAAAGAUGGGAUGUACAAAGGAUAAGAGAACAAAGGCAUAUAGAAAAAUUGAAACAAAGACAAGAGCGGCAAAAUCAUCAAGCUACUUGUUAUAAUACAAAUCAUACUGGUCCAUGUCCAUCGACAAUGGAAGAGGAAACUGUUACUUCUUUGUGGCCCGAUGUAGAACAAAUACAAAGCCUUCAAGUGGAUCAUCAGUUGCCAGUUACCGCAUUCGGUGCUCCUAUACCUAGUUUUACUUCAAGUGAAUUUUCUUUACCUUGGACUCACGUGGUUCGAACUAAAAGUCGAUGUCCUAAAAGAUCUACAGGAAGAAGAAAAACAUCUAGGAGAUAAACUUUAUUUUGGCAAAACUUUUUUUUAUGAAUCAUUUUUAAUCUAAAUAAUAUUGACUCUCCAUCACAUUUUUUUACAUAGUAUAUUUUGCUAUAUAGAAUGGAGGCACCAAAGACGUUUUUAUUAUAUCUUUUCUUUUUUUUUCUUGUUUUAAAUAAAUGAUACAGCGAGUACUGGAUUUUAAAUCAAAGAACUUUUUAUAUUCUUGGCAAUUCGGUAUUAACCGUGAAUAAUUUCUAUAUAUUAUUUUGUUUGUUAAAUUUUGUUAUAAUUGGUGCCGGUUGUUUUAUUUGUAUUAAUGUACUGUUAAGUUUGAUAAAACGUUAAUAGUCAGUGAUGUUUAUUUCGCAUACCUGAAACUUGUCUAAAAUUGUACAAAGUGAUUAAUGAACUAUUUAAAAGUUACAUUUAUUUUUUGUCAGUGAUUGUAUAAAGAUUAGUAUAAAAAAUGUACUAAGAAGAUAUAAUGUUAAGUAGUAUGUUAUAAAAUGAUAUUAUGUAGAACCAUAUUACAUAAUUGUGAAUUUUAUGUAGCUCCAAUUAAUCAUAAUUUUCAAUUUUUUAUCUUCAAAUUUUCUUUUUUUCAUUAUUUCAUUUAAUGACAAUUUUCUAUAACAACUAAACGAUAUCAACCUGUCUUCUCUUAUAAUUAUGAUAAGGAUGAGUCAUUUAGUCAAGUGAUUCAUUCGUUACCCUUUAUACAUUAUUCUCAAACAAAAUACGCGCAUUUGUGUAUUUCGCUAUCACUGUUAUAAAGAGAAAAUAUGAGAGAUCAAAAUAAAUAUGUGUACCAAUUUUGUACAAAUUAUCUCUCUCUAUCUAUUAAUAUGAAUUUAAGUAAUGUCACAAAAAUGCCAAUUUUAUUCUAACUGUAACGUGUAAAAUAUAUAAGUCUCUGUCUUAUCAUUAGUAAUUAUAUUCACACUAACUCGUAUACGUCAAAUUAUUCCAAUAAGACGAGGAAAGAAGUAUUUUAUUUAUUAAUUAUUAUUUCAUUCGAUUUAACGAGAUAGAAGACAGGAUAAAUGAUUUACCGUCCAUAAGAACUGUUAGUUUUUUAAACGAGUGAGCAUUACAAAGAACUUAAUAUGUAUGGUACUAAAAAUUUGUAAAUAUAUUCAUUCAUCUAAUUAAAA